CGUUGCACAUACAUAUAUAAUGUUAUAUUUUUUUGUCAUACAACAAACUGUGUAUUAGUCUUGUUCAUUUGUUGUGUACUGCAUUACAAUAAUAUGAAAAUAUUAUGAAAACUUAAAUUCAGCACUAUUAGUAAUGAUAAUAAAAAACAACUUCCAAUUUCUGUAAUAAAAAAUAUCAAUUAAUGUUGAUUAUCAGUUAAUGCUUAUCACAUCAAUGUAAUUUGCUAAAUUUAAAAGUGUUAGGCAUACAUAUGAUAGAUAUCAUAACGCGUAGUUUAUCGUAACAUACGUAAACACGUGACUAAAUCUGAUCUUAAUGUAAAAAUUGUACAGUGUAGAUACAAGAAGAAAAUUAACGGUUUUUGGAACAAUUAUACUUAAGCUUUUGUUCACGUUAAUAUUUAUCUCACUGAUUCGUUAUGGACUUUGGAAUAAGUAUAUUUCAUAAAGCCAAUUGUAGAAAUUAUUGCUUCAGACUCGCAAACACAUCUAAACGGCCAAGACGUGCGUGAAAUAAUAAAAAUAUUCUUGAUAUUAAAAAUAUUUGAUAACAAUUUUAAAAGAGAAUCAUGCAAGAAGUGAAGGUGUUAGAUGGUGGAUUUUCUACACAAUUAGCAACUCAUGUUGGUGAUAUAAUAGAUGGUGAUCCUUUAUGGACUGCACGAUUUCUUGUUACGAAUCCUAAUGCAGUUAUUUCUACGCAUUUGGAUUUUUUAAAAGCUGGAGCAGACAUAAUUCAGACAAACACUUAUCAAACAUCUGUUGAUGGUUUUUCAAAGUAUAUGAACCUUUCAGAAGAGGAAGGUCUUAAUUUGUUUUCUAAAGCUGUAGAUUAUGCUAAAGAAGCUAUAAAUUUAUACAAAGAAGAGAUAAAAAGUAAAAGAAAUGUUAGAAAUGCAAAUCCACUAAUUGCUGGAUCAGUUGGGCCUUAUGGAGCCUGUUUGCAUGAUGCUUCAGAAUAUACUGGAAAAUAUUGCUCAACUGUGUCAGAAGAAAUUCUUAUGAAUUGGCACAGACCACGUAUUCAAAAAUUAAUAGAAAGUGGUGUUGAUAUGUUAGCUAUAGAAACAAUUCCAUGCAAGCAAGAAGCAAAAGCACUGGUUAAAUUAUUGAAAGAGUUUCCAAAUAGUAAAGCUUGGUUGUCUUUCUCAUGUAGCUACGAUGGAGAGAGCAUAGCAGAUGGCUCUCAUUUUCAAGACAUAGCACUAUGGUGUUACAAGGAAGCCUUGCCAGGACAAAUUUUAGCAAUUGGAGUUAAUUGUAUCGCACCACAAAAUGUAACUUCUUUAUUGAAGGGAAUAAAUGAAAAUUGUAAACAGGACUUUAUACCACUGGUAGUAUAUCCUAAUAGUGGUGAAAAGUAUACAGUAGAGCAGGGUUGGGUGAAAAGAGGAGAAGGAUAUUUUUUACAUGAAUUUAUACACGAAUGGCUCGAUUUAGGUGUACGAUACAUAGGUGGAUGUUGUAGAACAAAUGCUGUAGAUGUGAAGAAAAUACGAGCAGAGGUAGAAAAAUGGAAAAGCAAUUAAAUGUUGAAAUUCUAUUACAUAUAUUGCACAUUUACACUACAGGAUAAAAAUAAAUCCUUAAGUAUAUGAGCAGAAGAUUUAUUAAAAUAUUUUUAUACAUACUUAUAAUUAAUAUAAAAUAUUUCUCCUAUAAUCAUUUAUGGAUUACAUUUUAUAUUGAAUAUAUUUUAAGAAGCUUUCAUUUUAAAAUAUAAAAAUAUAUAUGUACAUAAAUUGAGAAAACAGUUUUUUGCACAAUUUCUCCUUUAACAAAAUAUAUGUAUAAAUAAAUUAUAUAAGAUUUUAUAAAUUAUAAUAUAUAUAUAUAUAUAAUUUAUGUAUAAUGAUAAAUAAAUAUAUUUAUGUAUAAUGA